AUGAAAUUAGAAUUUGUUAAAAGACACAAAAAUUCAGUUAAACACAAAAAUUCUUUGCAAAUUCUUAAUUCAAAUCAAAUUGGUAUUAAAGAAGGCAUAAAUCAAAUGUUAGGAAUGGGCAUGAAUAAACAUCCUACUUCUAUAGUUAGUGAUAUUUCUUUACAAGUACUUCGACCACCAACUUUAUCACAGUUUAAACAACAAAAAACAUCUAGAUCUAAUUAUGCAACAUAUACAAAUAAAGUUAGUGGACAUGAAUUAUUA